AUGUCCGACGUACCACCAACCGAGUCCAUUCCCAAACCAGAGGAACCUAAAGCACCAGCCCCUGCACCUCAGUUCCAGCAAGUACCUCCGAAUUACUACCAAUUUCCACCUCAAGGUUACUACCCACCACAAGGCUUCCCGAACUACCCUCCUCAGCCUAUGCCUUACUUCCCCAACCCUUGGUUGUUCCAGCAAGCUCCACCCCAGCAAUUCCAAUUCCAAUCUCAAUCGAAGAGAGACCAAGACUUCGAAGAAGGUCUGAACCGCUUACGCAAAGAGUAUGCUACAGCUCCAAUUGAGAGAAAGUUGUUUCCGGACCAAAAAAUAAUGUUUACGGUAGAUGGUUAG